UCCGCCGCCCGCUCCUCCUCGGUCGCCCUGCCCCGAGUCGCUUCCAUCGCUCCUUCUUCCCGCCUCGUGGCUCCCGCUGCAUUCAAGGUAGCCCUCGCACCCGUCACAGUGGGAAACGCCGUUAGGGGAUACGCUUCCGGAUCGGGACUGAGCCACCAGGAGAUCCAGAACCGAAUCGUCGAGGUGCUCAAGAGCUUUGAAAAGGUGGACCCGGCAAAGGUCAACGCUGACGCUGCCUUCACUAGCACCCUCGGACUGGACAGCCUCGACGCUGUAGAGGUCGUCAUGGCAAUCGAGGAGGAGUUCAACAUUGAGAUUCCUGAUGCCGAUGCCGACUCGAUUCAGACUGUUGGUCAGGCCAUCGAGUACAUUUCCAAGACCCCCGAG